GUGUGUGCGGUGCGAGCGAGAAGCGCUCACAUAGCAGUAGUGCAGUACAGUGACAGUAAUAGAGGGACGGUGCAGCCAGGUGUUUGGUGUUCAGUGCCCAGUAGUUGCCCUCCUCCCCACCCCUCAGUGCCAUGGACAUGCUGCCCCUCCUCAGUCACCCGCUGUGGUUCCUCUGCUCCCUGGUCCUUGUGGUGGUCCUCCGCAUGCAGAAGAAGGGCCGGUGGGACCCCAAAAAGUGCCGCGUAGACCUGACUGGGAAAACCGCCAUCGUGACCGGAGCCAACACAGGCAUUGGGAAGUCCGUAGCGUUGGACUUUGCCCGGAGGAACGGUCGGGUCGUCUUGGCGUGUCGCAGUCGGGAACGCGGUCAGAAGGCUCUGGAAGAGAUCCAGAGGGAGACGGGGAACCGGAAUGUGGUCCUGGAGAUCCUGGACACCAGCAGCAUGUCCUCCGUCCGGGCCUUCGCUGACCGCAUACUGCGCAACGAGACGAGGCUGGACAUCCUGGUGAAUAACGCCGGAGCGUCAGGAAUGCCGCACGCAGUAACAUCGGAGGGACUGGAGGUCACCUAUGCCACCAACCACCUGGGCCCUUUCCUGCUCACCAACCUGCUUGUGGAUCUCCUGAAACGUUCGGCACCCAGCCGCGUCGUCUUCCUGGCUUCCUUAAUGCAUAAGCAGGGCUACAUAGACACCAGCAACCUGUACGGGAAGAACCUGGAGAAACAGAAAAUUCACGAAACCUACAACUGCACCAAACUCAUGAACGUCAUCAGUGCCAGAGAGCUGGCUGAGAGGCUGAAGACCACCGGUGUGACGGUGACCAGCGUGAGUCCCGGCAUUGUGAUGACGGAGGCCAUGCGUCACUACAACCUAAUAAUCCGAGUCGUCUUCAACGUCAUCGGAUUCUUCUUCUUCAAGUCGGCGGAGGAGGGGGCGGCCAGCACCAUAUUCUGUGGGAUAUCGGAGGAGGCGGAAGGUCUGACUGGGCAGUAUGUGAACAGCGACUGUGUGAUUGAACUUCCCUCGGAGAACGCUCGGGAUCCGCCUCUCAAUAGGAAGCUGUGGGAGGCGAGUGAGGCUGCAACCAAUCGGAUUGGUGGACCUGGACAAUGAUGGCGACCGACACCAGCAAUCUCAUAUCUUGAAGAAGUCAUAACUCAGGGCUAAAGCUGAGGGGUACUGUGACCCCCCGAGGUCUGCAUACCCCCCCCACCUCCACCCCCCCCCCCCGAGG